AUUUUGUUCGCUGGACAUUGUACACUGCACGAACAGUGUCGAGUGUGAAUUGAUUGCAUUGUGCUUGGCUCUCGGUAUCGGUGCCAAGUCUCGCAGUGACUAAGUUUCGGCUCGGGUGCAGCUUUUGCUGAAGACAGAGAAAAUGGCUGGUGAUCAUCCCGACCCCCCAGAAGCUGCCAACAUCAAAGGAUUCGCCAAAUAUUACAAUUCUGUUACUGAGAAGGGGCGAGCAUCGGCAGCCAGGAUAACUCUAGGUGGCAUGGCCCUCCUCUUCCUGUACUUCAAGUUGAAGCCCUCAAGCAAGCCUGCCGCCGCUCAGUGAAAAUGUAGUUUAGAUUGUAAGAUGCUCUAUGAGCAUGUUAAUAACUGUCAUGUCAUUGCUUAAAUGUUGAUUUGUUACUCCUUCACGGAAAUGUGAGAAGAAAAAAGUGCACUAAAGUCAGAAAUUUGUAACAUUA